UGCCGCGGCGGAGAGUCCUCUGGAGCGGCCGGGGCUCCGCCGGGCGGCCUGAUCGGCUGUCGGGGUUGCCGCUUGCCUCUCUCCGGGAGAGGGGUCGGGUCACGGCGGCUGAGCGAUGCGGGGUGGCGGGCCGCUGGGGCGGGCCGGGCUGGCGUUGCUCCUCAUGGCCGCCGCGCCUUGGGCGGGGGCGAGGCCCCGGCCCGCCGCCCCCGGGGACCAGCCCCGGCCCAGCGUGGUGCUGGUGGCCUGCGACUCCUUGGAUGGACGCUUGACAUUUUAUCCAGGAAAUCAGACCGUGGAUUUGCCUUUCAUAAAUUUUAUGAAAAGAUAUGGCACUGUCUUUCUCAAUGCCUAUACCAAUUCUCCAAUUUGUUGUCCUUCGCGUGCAGCUAUGUGGAGUGGUCUUUUCACUCAUUUAACAGAGUCUUGGAAUAACUUCAAAGGUCUAGAUCCAGAUUAUGUAACGUGGAUGGAUCUCAUGCAGAAGCAUGGCUACCACACACAAAAGUAUGGGAAAUUGGACUAUACUUCUGGACAUCAUUCAGUAAGUAACCGUGUGGAAGCUUGGACUAGGGAUGUUGACUUCCUGCUCCGGCAAGAAGGGAGACCCAUGGUAAAUCUUACUGGUGAUAGGAAGCAUGUCAGAGUGAUGGAAGCAGAUUGGCGGAAUACUGAUAAAGCAGUAAAUUGGAUAAAGGAAGAAGCCAUUAACCUUACUCAACCGUUUGUUCUUUAUUUGGGACUAAAUUUACCACACCCAUAUCCAUCACCCUAUGCGGGAGAAAAUUUUGGAUCCUCUACAUUUUUAACAUCUCCCUAUUGGCUUGAAAAGGUAACUUACGAAGCUAUUAAAAUUCCCAAGUGGUCUUCUCUUUCAGAGAUGCAUCCAAUAGACUAUUACUCAUCUUACACGAAGAAUUGCACAGGAGAGUUUACAAAGCAAGAAGUGAGAAAUAUUAGAGCAUUUUAUUAUGCUAUGUGUGCAGAGACAGAUGCCAUGCUGGGUGAGAUUAUUUCAGCUUUGAGAGAUACUGGGCUUCUUAAAAAAACAAUCGUUAUAUUCACUGCAGAUCAUGGAGAACUUGCUAUGGAACACCGGCAGUUCUAUAAAAUGAGCAUGUAUGAAGGAAGUUCCCAUGUUCCUCUUUUAGUUUUGGGGCCAGGCAUAAAAGAACAGCAGCAAAUACCAAAUGUGGUAUCUCUUGUGGAUAUAUAUCCUACUAUGCUUGAUAUAGCAAGAAUUCCUGUCCCCCAGAACCUCAGUGGAUAUUCUCUUAUACCGCUGCUACGUGGAAAGGCUGAAAACGAACUGUCACCCAGAGGGCCUCGGCCCUCAUGGGUGUUGAGUGAGUUCCACGGAUGCAAUGUGAAUGCUUCCACGUACAUGCUUCGAACUGACAAGUGGAAAUAUAUCACAUACUCAGAUGGCCAUUCAGUACUUCCACAGCUGUUUGACCUUUCUGACGAUCCAGAUGAGCUAACAAACGUUGCAGUAAAAUUCCCAGUAAUUGUACAUUCCUUGGACAAAAUACUCCGCUCUAUAGUAAACUACCCAAAGGUUUCUUCUUCUGUUCAGGAGUAUAACAAAAGACAGUUUAUCAGUUGGAAACAAAGUUUGGGUCAGAAUUACUCAAAUGUUAUUGCCAACCUUAGGUGGCAUCAAGACUGGUUAAAGGAACCGAAAAAAUACGAGAAUGCAAUUAAGAAGUGGCUUAGUCAAAGUAAGUAAAUAAAAACAACCUAGAUUUCAUAUGACUGAGGAUAUGAAAACAUUCUGCAUUUGCAAUAUUAUGCUGUGUUUCAAGUGUUAGAAUUAUUGUCUUAUAUAAGCUAUUGAAAGCAAAGAUGCCCGAACAAUCACCGCUUUGUGUUAGAAAGCCGGAAGCAUUUUAUAUAACUAGCCAGCACAACAAAUCUAGAUUUUUACAUGUUAUAAUUCUGUAACACCUAAGCAUACAUAGGAAGGUUAGUACAUAAGUACUAAUUGCAUGUAUGGAAUAUUUAGCUGGUUGCAAAAAUGCAGAGUACUAAGCAUUAGAAUUCAAUGGGAAUUUCCAUUUCUAAGGACAGACUAAAGCAAGGAUUAUAAAAUUUACUGUAGAAGAAUACCAAUUACAAUGGAAUGUGCUGGAGCCAACUUUCUAUCAAGACGGGUUUUAAGUCUACAGUGAAUACACAUUCAUCCACCUUAGAGAAGCUAUAGAGUUUAAAAUAUAAUCUGAAAAGUUAACAGCUAGUAUUGGUCUGAACGUAGAUGCAGUUUAUUCAUGUACUUACUAUGUCAGCAUUCCUGGUUUAUGCAUGAUUGACUCUCCAUCUUUUCAAGAGCUGCCUUCUAAUCUCUUUGGAUCUAAUCUUGCUUUUGGAUCUGGUACUUACUACUCCUUGCUGUUUAAAAUUUCAUAAUAUGCAUAGGCUACUAAUUGAACAGCUGUGGAACUGAAGAGGAAUCUAGUCUCUGGUCACUGUCGGAAAUUAAAAAAUAUCAAAACAAACCCCUCUGACCAAACCUGGGGGCAGAGCAGUUCUCUGAAAAGUGAUGGUGUGAUUUGCACAGCAGAAGAUGAAAACUGCCUGAAUAAAUCUCCAUUAUGCAGUUAGAUUCUUCAGGUAAAUGUUUUAAUGUGCAUCAACGAGUGGAGAACUGGAACAUGAAAGGUACAGAGGAGAUACAAUUGAAGCUUGCAGGGAAAAUUAACAGAAAAAUACUAUUUCACUUUUUUCCAGGCAUGUUAUUAAAAAACAAUGCAGUUUUGGAAGAAGGUAAGAUUUAGCUAGUUAACUCCUCUGCCUAAGGAAAAACGUAAUUGUAGCAGCACUUACGUUUGCAUAUUCUUGGGCACAGUUGUUGCUGCUAUAGUAACAAUUCAGGGUGACAUUAUACUUCAUACCUAAAUGCUUUCUGGAAUCUGUAAUGGAAUACUCAGCAGUAGCAGUAAGCUAGUAAAAAUAAACAUGAAAAAUACAUGUAUUUUCUGAUGGCUAAGCCCUCCACACGCAUCUUGUAAACGACUUACCACACUAGAAUUAGGUACAUACUUAUGAAUGUUUUAGCUAUUUUAUAUUUUUGUGUUCAUAGAACAUGAAGGCUAACCUUCUACUACUUACUGCUGUGGUAGCAUUUUUUCUUUUUCUUUUUCUUUUUUUUUUUUUUUGAUAGGCAAGGAACAAAUUGAUAAUUAAAAAAAAACUUCAAACACUGUAGCAUGUGUCAUUAUAAUUCUUGCUAAAAGGAGUUCAGAUAGUGAUGAAACUAUUUAAACAAAAAACACAGCUGUGUAAUGUAAACGAGGUGUGUAAGUAAAGAGAAUAAAUACAUCUGUACGAACGCUUAUUCAGGAGGGAAAAGAAUAAAUAAAUUGAUCACUUCCCAGAGGUCUGGACAGAACGUAGUACGUAGUACAGAAUAUAGUAAAAUAAAAUUACGGUGAACUGGA